GUAUCCUUUCCACAUCACUCAUUAAGCAUUCAUUCUAUUUUUCUACCAGUCACUCUUUCAAUCUUUUUUUUUCGUCAUGUAUUUGAGCCAAUUAAUCAUUUCGGCAUCUUUCCUCGCUGCGGUUGCACUAGCAGCUCCCCUGGAUUCUCGCGGCACUUCCACCUCACCAGCCAAUGCAAAAGUUACCCUAGCAGCAGCAUUCACCUCUGGUGCCGGCAACAAAGAGCCGAACUCUACCAUCAGUGCUGGUGUUGGCAAAGGUGCAGACACUUACACUUGCUACUCCGGUGGCUGGCAAUCUUUCCCAUCGUCUUCUAAAUGGGUGUCGUUUGAUGCCAUGUGGAACAAAUCCACUACAUAUCUUAAAGAAUCAUGUGCCAAUACUGGUGCCUUUGGCUCUGGUGAUAGCUCGGCACAGAUUGAUAACAUGUAUAACUCAAUCUUGUCGGUCGCCAGUGCUAGUUUUGUGGACCCAAGAUUCAUCUACGCCACGAUCUUGCAAGAAAGCAGUGGAUGUGUCAACAUCGAUACUAGCAAGAACCCAGAUCCAAGUCAGCCUGACAACCCCGGUCUCAUGCAAUCUGUAGCCGGUGUAAAGUUUGUUGGUAACUCCGCAUCUGCUUCCGCCCAAGCUGCAUCCAUCCGCCAAAUGAUCGUCGAUGGUACUCAAGGUACAACCAAAGGUGACGGACUUGUUCAAUGUAUCAAUCAAUAUGGAAACAUAUACGAGGCAGCUAGAUGUUACAAUUCUGGACAGGUUAACAAGAGCAAUAUGAAUGAUGCUGAGGGAGCCACACCAAGUUAUGUUACUGAUAUCGCAAACAGAAUGACUGGUUGGUUGGAUGCGCCACAGAAGUUCAGUUCUUGUAAGAAAUAGGCUGUAUGGUGUUAUGAAAUCAUGGGUUAGAUGGGGAUGUGUGGAGUGACUUUGGCGGGGUUGUUCGGGGCACAUGAGCAAGCAGCUGGGUCUCGCUCGCGGAGGUGUAGUUUUUAGGUCGUAAUUUUUGUGUGUUUGGAGCUGGAAAACUUCAUAAUUGUAUAAUUCAACCUAAAGUAUAUCCAAUACUUCAAAUUGCAGUCCAAAAUCUUUAAAUUUAGAACAUUAAUUUUCUUUGAGUAUUUCAGCA